AGUUAGCAUACUUCAAUUGAUCUCCAUCUGGAAAUUGACCAACUGUCAUUCUAAACAAAUCUUAAUUAGAGAUCAGUCGUUGCAUUCUAGGUUGUUUUUAACCCACCAUCUUUCAAAGCAUUAAUUGAUCAAAUAAUUUUGAUGCACACAUUACUGUGUUUAUUAUCCGAUUUUGGUGCAAAUAUUAUUCAAAAUUGUUUUUUUUUGAGAAAAAAAUCUAUAAUUGAAUAUUAAAAAAGCCAACUCUGCUGGAGUGAAUUUCUAAAAGGAAAAAGCAGAAGAUCCGUUUUACAAUGAAAAAUACAAAAGUGACGGCCAAAAGCGUGGAGACGAGUUUUGGCAAACUGGCGGAUCACGUGGUCGCUGUUACCGAGACAGAUCGGCUGGUUGAGCCAGAGGUGCAAUUGAGUUCGUUCAGAAGGAAGUUUGUAGUGUUUCUGUGCUCAUUUACAAUUAUACUAGAGGGGGUCAAUUUGUCACUUCCGGGUCCAUUCUUCCCAGAUGAGGCUAAAGAAAAAGGACUAUCUCAGACUCAGAUUGGAAUUGUAGUUGGGUCUCUAGAUGUCGCAAACUUACUGUUCUCCUUCAUUGUAGCCACUGUAGUCAAUACUAACAACAUCAAAUUCUUCUUCUCGGCUGGCAUGCUUUGGUCCUCAGUUACCGUCGGCGCUUUCGGAAUCCUCGGCGACGCACCUGACGGGCUGAUAUACUUUGUCUCGUGUCUCGUAUGUCGCAUAGUCAACGGAAUCGGAGCGUCAAUGUUGUACAGUACCGCUAUGCCAAUUGCAGUCCAGAUGUAUCCAGACAAAGCCGGACUAGUCACCACAAUGGUCCAGACAUGUCUUGGCCUGGGACUAUGUCUGGGGCCCCCUGUAGGAAGUGUUCUUUUAUCUUUCGGCGGCUACAAAGGUCCUUUCCUAACAGUAGCUUCAAUAGAAUUUGUAGUUUUUCUAAUGGGGGUUUUCGCGAUUCCAGCUAAAGGCGCGAAAGCAAAGGCAAAGCCACGAAACUCAGAAUACUUUCGUUUUUUGGCAAAGUUCUCUGCACUUAGUGUCGUAAUUCCAAGUGCAAUGAUUUUCUCGAUGUCAGGAAUUCGCGAUAGCGCUUAUUCGCUUUAUUUCGAAAACGUCCUGAAUAUUGACUCAAAAACAGUUGGUUUCAUAUUUCUUUCAAACUCAGUUGGACAAGUAUUAACAGGGCCUGCGGUCGGUGUUUUUGUUGAAAUCGGCUACGGAGCUUACGUGGAAGCCUUUGUUCAAAUUAUGGGUCCGAUUGUUGCUUUUUCAUUCUUUAUACCCAAAUUCUUACCCGCACUUGAAUGUGUUUCGUGGGGCACUUUCAUGCUUUUUGCCAACGGGUGCGAAGUUGCUUCGAUAAUGACUACUUACCUAAUUCUAGAGAAAGUUGCUUUGAAACAAGGCUUGACAAACAUGCAACAAAUCAAAACUAUUGUCGCUUCCAGUUAUAACUUGAUCAUGUCUGGCGGUCGAAUGUUCGGAUCUUUCGUGGUCGGAGGUUUCAUAAAUGAUAAAGUCGGGUUUUACGAUAUGUGCUUAGUAUACGGUAUAAUUCUAUGCGUUUCGGCUGUUUGGCACAUUUCGUUUUUGUUCAAAGUGGGUUUUAUUCGGAAACUGUUUUACAACAACGAGGUGGAUGUUAAAUUUAUAGAGGAUAAAGGCAAGGUUGGCUUGUCAACGUCAACUGGACGCAAAAAUACUGAAUAUGAAGAUGAUAGCUCGGAUGAAAAUGUUGAUGAUGAUAUUAUGGUGUGGAAAGCUUCAAUAUCCACAAUGCUUUUGACAAGCAUGAGCAGGUCUCAAAAUUUAAACCGAUGAACAAACUCUGCAAACUGAAGAAAUUUUCCAGACAAAAAUUGAUAUACGGCAUGUAAGCAGUUGUAAUUUCGUACUCAAAAAUAUGUAAUCUUGAAAAAUUUUAUACUGAUUAGCAGGGGCGGAUUAAGAAAUCCGGCUUUGGUGUUUUAUAAGAAAACCUUUUUUGGCCGACCGACCCUAAAAUUUUUCUAAAGGCGCCUUUGGCGCCAAUAUAAACUAAUUUUGAGGGGGAUGUCAAAACUUUCCAAAAAGUGC